AAUAUGCUGGUGUUGUUUCGUCAUGGAGUGGAUGAUUCUAAAAACAUUGUCCUCUUUGGCCUAUCAGUGGCUGACAUGAUUUAUUCGUUUAGUGAAACAUAUGGUAGAAUAAUGUACAUUGCUCUAAGAGUUGAUUUAUUUAUAGGAUACGAAAUUUCAUUAUUUUACAUUGUAUGUUUUGUGUACUUUAGUACAUUUGGUAUGGUCACCAGUGUUUGGCUUGUGUCACUUAUCUCUUUUGAGAGAAUGAUUGCUGUUUGUUUUCCAUUUCAUGUUUCAAGACUCAUGUCUCCCAUGAGAAUGAGGUGUAUGGUUGUAUUAGUAUUUACGUUUAUUGCAGUUCUCUACAGUCCUUCAUUGUGCAUGUAUUACUUGGAUUUAGCUUUUCGCACAGGCUUUAAUAUAACUAUAUUAAAAUAUUUUACAAGGAGAGAAUAUAUUGACAACGAAUGGUGGAUAUCUAUCAUGCUAGAUCACAUUUUACCUGCCUUUGAAUGUCCUGUACCCAUGAUAAGUAUAAUAAUUUUUACAUUUGCAACAAUUUUAAAACUAAUAAAGGCAAAUAAGAGUAUGGGUAGCAGUUCAACAUCAAAAGCCAAGCGAGUCAAUGAAAUGAGAUCAAUAAAAAUAUCUCUCAUUAUUUGCGGUUGUAUGGCUUUUUCAAUAUUAGUACCUAAUGCCUGCAUUGAAGCUUAUCCAACAAUUUCGGGCGAUAAAAUACCGAGUAACGCAUUUGUGUUUAUCAGAUCAUUCAAUCUACUAGCAGUCCAAUUCAGCGCUACCAUGAAUUUCUUUAUAUAUGUAGCGUUGAGUUCAAAAUUCAAAUCCACAUGUUUUGAUUUGUUUAAAUGCAAUAAAUAA